AUGGUGAAGCUGACUGCGAGCAUAGUUAGUCGCGUUGAUCGAAGCAAUAGCGGGAGCGGACACGUACGCAAACCUAGGCCGACAGUCGAGCACAUCCAGUGCCAGCUUUUAUCUAUACCUGCCCCAUACAAGACGAGGCCGAGAGGUCCAGUAACCAAACUGAUCAGCAUAGCGGGCAGGCGCAUCUCAGGCUCGCGUAUCCCGUUGUUGCGCCUUGUGAAGAAGUCCGCAACCGCAUCGGACAAUUUCCCACCGGCGAAAAUACCAAUGAAGUUGCCGACCAUUCCGGAUAUGAAGCAAAGGCCAGACUGCCAUGCCUCGAAGCCAUAUGCGGACGAGAAAGCUGAUGCGAAAGGCUCUCCAGGCUACGAACAAGCCCGCAUCGGCCGAGUCUUCAAUCAUCGCCGUCCGGAUCGAUACCCUAUCGCUGUUGUCGAAGCCACCAGAGAGCAGCACAUCGUCGAUACGGUUAGGCUUGCCAUUGAGAAGAAGUGUCGUGUCUCUGUAAGGUCCGGAGGCCAUAGCUGGGCAGCUUGGAGCGUCCGCGACGAAGCGAUACUGCUCGACCUAGGGAACUACAAGGAACUAUACUAUGAUGCGGCGACUGAGGUUGUUCGAUGCUCGCCCAGUACCGUCGGAAGAGAUCUCAAUGGUUAUCUUGAGACCUACGGCCGUCUUUUUGUAGGCGGUCAUUGCCCGGAUGUUGGGGUUGGGGGAUUUCUUCUCCAAGGUGGAAUGGGCUGGAAUUGCAAGAAUUGGGGGUGGGCUUGCGAAAAGGUCAACGCGAUCGAUGUCGUCACCGCCGACGGGCAGGAGCUCCACUGCGACGCAAACCAGAACAGCGAACUGCUCUGGGCUGCCCGUGGUGCCGGGCCAGGUUUCCCAGCCAUUGUAACACGCUUCUACUUGGAAACGCGGCCCCUACCCAAGGUGAUGAUGACUUCUGGCUACAUAUAUCCGGUAUCCGAGUACCGCAAAGCCAUGGGAUGGAUAACUGGAAUUGCUGGAACUUACGAUGCGGAUACCGAGGUUGUUGCAGUCGCAAGCUACAAGCCAGGCGGUGACGAGAUAACCAUCUUAUGUCUCUUCACAACGUUCAAAAACACAGAGGAGCAGGCCAAAUGGGCAUUGCAAGAGGCCGAGAGCACGCAUCCCUCUGGCACGAUCGAGAAAUGGCAGUUUAAGCCCACCAGUCUCAAAUCAGAGUAUGAAGACCAAGCACGGGCCAAUCCAGCCGGCCACCGUUAUUGCGCGGACAAUGCCUACAUCCGGAACGAUGCGGACGUGGUUUCUGUGCUGGAGAAGGCCUUCACCACCCUAGCCCACAAGAAGGCGUUCUCGUUAUGGUAUUCCAUGGCGCCGGUCUCGCGCCGGAAGCUUCCCGACAUGGCUCUCAGUAUGCAAUCGGACCACUACUUUGCUUCAUAUACGAUCUGGGAGGACGAGAAGGACGACCGCGGCUGCCAACAGUGGGUUAGAGACAUAUUUGACAAGGUCGAGCGGCAUUCCGAAGGCGCCUAUCUGGGCGAUGCAGACUUCCAGGUCCGGAGAACUCGGUUUUGGGGACAGGAGCAAGGUAAGAAGCUUAUCGCCAUUCGUAAGCAAUGGGAUUCGGAAGGCCGCGUCUGCGGGUACCUUGAUGCAGGCGAUAAGUCCCGAGCGGAAGGGCUGCCUAACGAGCACGAAUGGUUGGUAGGCCCAAAAAUCUAG